AUGCCAUCUAGUCACUACCAAGAUGCUGUGAACGGCAGCAAGAACAUUGAGAAUCUUAUAGAUGUCGAGCGACAAGGGACGCCUAUUCCACAGGAAAUAGAAAAGCCAAAAAGCCUUGGUGCAGGAUCCGCACUGGCGCUGGGCGCAUUCGGAACAACCUUGACAACCCUCUCGUUGAGUCUCAUGGAAUGGCGCGGUGUCACAACAAAUAAUGUCUUCGUCGCAAACUUCUUUUUCAUCGCAGCCUUUGGCUUGGUGAUUACUGCGCAGUGGGAGCUUUCUAUUGGCAAUGGCUUCGCUUAUACAGUCUUUAGUGCUUUCGGUCUUUUCUACGCGGGCUAUGGUGCUUUAUUGACACCAGCAUUCGGUAUUGCUGCUGCAUACGGCGAUGACACGGCGCAGUACAACAAUGCGGUGGGAUUCUUCAUGAUAUUGUGGACUGUCUUCGUGUUCACUUUUCUUAUCGCUUCACUCCCGAGUAACAUCGCUUAUAUACUAGUUUUCUUUUUGGUGGAUCUUGGAUUUCUUACUGUCGCGGCGAGUUACUUUGCUAAAGCUGAUGGCCACGCUGCAUCUGCCAUUGCGUUACAGAAAUCGGGUGGGGUGUUUUGUUUCCUUGCCGGAUUGAUUGGGUGGUAUAUCGUGUUUCAUCUCUUGUUGCAGGACUCGCUUUUGGAUUUGCCGUUGGGUGAUACUUCGAGGUAUUUUGGGAAGAAAAAGAAGGCACAGUAG